AUGGCCACGAUCUUUUUCACCGCUACAAGCACCGCUCUCUUUUCAUCUUCCUGGAUUCCCCAAACCACUGGACAAUAUGCUGGAAAUUGCAUAUUUCUUAUAGCUUUUGCGACCGUCUUCAGAGCUCUCUUGGCAAUUCGGGUCAAUUUCCCCCAAGUCGUGGACGCAAUCGAACGCCGACGUCGUCACGGCAGAAUACCUUCACAUCUAGCCGAUUCCAAAACGACAAUACGCCCAUGGAGAGCCGAUGAAGCCAUAAAGCUGGCGUUCAUGGAUCUUAUUCUUACAGGCGUCGGGUAUUUAUUAAUGAUUGCGGUAAUGACUAUGAAUGUCGGCUACUUUCUAUCCGUCCUCGCUGGUGUUUUCUUGGGGAGCGUAAUAUUUAAUCGUUUCUUGGCUACUUCUACAGUUCAUUGA